CUCUUGGGCCGCCCCUCAAGCAAGGGCUCGAGCCACAGGUUGCGGGAGGCGUCUUCAUCAGCGCUAGCUCCGGCCUGGGCUCGCAGUGGGCGACGGCGACGCCGAGCCUGGCCGCGCUGUCCACCCCCAGCCCCACCGGGAGUGUGUCCAGCAUCCAGCGGCUGCUUCCCAAGGCGAGGUCUGCGGCCAAGAAGGCGACGCGAAAUCGAGUGCUGUCCCUGCUGGCGGCUGCCAGCCUGUUCGAGGGCGCCAUCCUCAUCGGCCUCAUCGUGUUCACGUACUUCUACAUGAAGAGGGACGACGGUGACAUCUGCCAGUCCGUGGCGUGCGUGCGCUCGGCGGCCAGCCUGCUGCGCUCCAUGGACACGCGCGUGUCGCCGUGCCACGACUUCUACCAGUACACGUGCGGCCGCUGGAGCGAGGACCACCCCUCGCCGGCCGCCGCCUUCAGCCACGACUGGUUCUACGACCGCAGGGAGCACGUGCUGCUGGGAGUGCAGGAAUUCCUGUCCCAAAACUCGACCGCAGAGGACCCCUGGGCCGUCGGGCAGGCGCGGAUUCUGUAUGAGGCGUGCCUGGACCGAGACGCAUGGGACGCGCUGGGCCUGGAGCCCCUGUUGGCCACGCUGGACGCCGUGGGCCUGCCUCGCCAGCCGCCCCUGGAGCCCGACCCUGCGUGGGUGUGGGAACGCACGGCCGCCCUCGCCAGGAAGCACAUCAACAAGGACCUGCUUGUCAACCUGGACGUGGUCCCGGACGUCAAGAACCGCUCCGUCAACAGGAUCCUCGUCCGGAAGUACCGGUCUGGGUCCCCGCUGCUGGGGUACCACGGCCACCGCGUGGAGGACAGGAGACACCGUAUCUUGGCGCGGUCCAAGAUGACCCUCACGGCGUCUGACCCCGACCAGGAGCAGACUCCGGACGGAGGUGACCCGGACAAGGGGGACGAGCGCCACCUCAAGGCGUACCUGUCCUACAUGAUCACGGCCAUGAACGUCCUCAUGCAUGCCAACGAGACGGACAAGCAGCGCCCGAGCAGCCCCCCGCCGCUGCUGGCCCCGCUCGCGUGUACCCGCAGGGCGGAGCCGCCACCCGAACGCGUCACCAGGGCGGCGCGCCGCGUGCUGGACUUCAACAGGAAGCUCUACAAGCUCGCCUUCCCCGAGAACAAGACCGAGGUCCGCGACAAGGACCCCGAGGAGAUGUGGGUGUGGGAGCUGCAGAACUUCACGCACGCCACGCUGGGGCCGGACGUCCCAACUCAGAUCAACUGGACCGAGUUCCUGACCGCCAUGUUUGCGAGUGUGCCAAACGUGACUUUAGACCUGACCAAGGACAAGCUGGUGGUGGAGGACGACGAGUACAUGCAGAAGCUGGCCCAGCUGCUCGCCAAGACGCCCCGACAGACGAUACAGUUGUCGCUGUGGUGGGAGCUGGUGGAUCUGCUUGCGCCCUACUCCACCGCCGAGAUGCGGCAGCUCCGGCGGCGGUACCAGGAGAUUGCUUCGGGGACCUCCGGGGCCACGACCAGGGAGUCCGUUUGCACGGAGGCCGUCAACGGCCUAAUGGGCAUGGCGGUGAGCUACCAUCUGGCGGACGCUGCUUACCUCAGGACGACCGGGGAGAAGGUGCUGGAGAUGCUGGGCGACGUCAAGAGCGUCUUCGAGGACCUGGUGGCCGAGCUGAACUGGAUGGACGCCGCCACCAAGGCCGCCACGCUGGGCAAAGUCCGCGCCAUGAGGUCGUUUGUGGGCUUCCCGGAGUGGUUGCUGCGGCCGGACAAGUUGGACGAGUACUACGAAGGGCUCAACAUGACGAGGCAGGAGUACCUGGGCAACGUGCUGUCUUUCCAGCGACUCGUCACCGAGUCCAGCCUGUCGGUGCUGCGGCGGAUCAACACCGACGACGGGUGGGCGACUGACCCGACCGACGUGAACGCGUUCCAUACUUUCCAGGCCAACUCUGUCACCAUCCCCGCGGGAAUCCUGCAGUUCCCCUUCUACGACCUGGGCUUGGAAGCCCUCAACUACGGCGCCAUCGGCAGCAUACUGGGGCACGAGCUGACGCACGGCUUCGACAGCUACGGCCGCCUGUUUGACAGAGACGGCAACAUGCGGCCCUGGUGGAGCAACGCGACCGUGGCCGAGUAUGAGAAACGCACGGAUUGCUUUGUGAAGCAGUACGGGGACUACUUCCUGCCCGAAGUGGACAUGAACGUGGACGGCGAGCUGACGCUGGGCGAGAACAUCGCGGACAACGGCGGGCUGCACGAGUCGGUGCGCGCGUACCGGCGCUACCUGCAGCGCCACCGCCUCACCGAGCCGCGCCUCCCCGGCAUGGCCAACUACACCCACGAGCAGCUGCUCUUCCUGUCCUACGUGCACCUGUGGUGCGAGUCGUGGACGGAGGAGUCCCUGCGCUGGGGCCUGGAGGACGAGCACGCACCGAACCGCGUCCGCACGUGGGGCGUGCUGAGCAACUCGGAGGACUUCGCGCGCGCAUGGGGCUGCAGCAGGGGCACUGCCAUGAACCCGGACCGCCCGCGCUGCCGCCUGUGGUGA